UACAUUGAUGACUCGAUUUGUAUUUGCUUUUAGCACGUUGAAAGCUUCGAAUUGCUCUUGUCCAAUCAGCGACAGCGCUCCCUUUUCUUGCACCAAUCACCUCUGGCGCCGCUACGGCGGUGCCUUUAUAAGGCCGGUGUGCGCUCUGAAGAAAACACAUUUUCGCUUUCGUGCAAAGAAGGCUGUCGGUAAAACAUGGCAAGAACCAAGCAGACGGCUCGUAAAUCAACCGGUGGCAAGGCGCCAAGGAAGCAGCUCGCCACUAAAGCAGCCCGUAAGAGCGCUCCUGCCACCGGCGGCGUGAAAAAGCCUCACCGCUACAGACCCGGUACCGUGGCCCUCAGAGAGAUUCGUCGCUACCAGAAAUCCACCGAGCUGCUGAUCCGCAAGCUGCCCUUCCAGCGCCUGGUGAGGGAAAUCGCUCAGGAUUUCAAGACUGAUCUGCGUUUCCAGAGUAGCGCUGUGAUGGCUCUGCAGGAGGCCAGUGAGGCUUAUCUGGUCGGCCUGUUUGAGGACACCAAUCUGUGCGCCAUCCACGCCAAGAGGGUCACCAUCAUGCCCAAAGACAUUCAGCUGGCUCGCCGGAUCCGAGGAGAGAGGGCUUAAAGUGUGCUGAGAACCAUAACCACACAAAACGGCUCUUUUAAGAGCCACUGCAAUGACAUGAGAGUGUUCCCGU